CCUCUUCCUCUCUCUCAAGAGACCGAGAGAGAGAGAGAGAGAGAGAGUAUAGAGAGAGAGAGAGAGAUCAUCGUCUUCAUCAUCUUCAUCAUCAUCAUCGAAAUCGAGUAUCGAGAGUUUUUGAUCGAUCGAUCGAUGGAUCCGGACGGGGUGGCGCGGGCGUUCGUGGAGCACUACUACAGGACGUUCGACGGGAACCGGGCGGCGCUGGGGGGGCUGUACCAGGAGGGGUCGAUGCUGACGUUCGAGGGCGACAAGAUCCAGGGCGCGCAGUCCAUCGUCGCCAAGCUCACCUCCCUCCCCUUCCAGCAGUGCCUCCACCACAUCUCCACCGUCGACUGCCAGCCCUCCGGCCCCCAGGGCGGCAUGCUCGUCUUCGUCUCCGGCGCCAUCCAGCUCGCCGGCGAAAACCACCAGCUCAAGUUCAGCCAGAUGUUUCAUUUGAUGCCGACGCCUCAGGGGAGCUUCUACGUGCUGAAUGACAUAUUCCGUCUGAAUUAUGCUUGAAGAGUCUUUUAGAGAGUCUGGAAGAUAACUUUUCCUCUUUUGGAUUUGCUAUGAAGUGAUGGUUGUUAUUUCC